ACAGGCUUAGUAAGGAUGCAGCUUUUUUGCCUUUUUAUAUUGAUAUUAUUAAGAAAUAAAAUAUUAUGCAAAUAUAUCUUUUCAGGCAAAUUCUUGCAAAGUAUUGUUAGCAUGUCAAAAGCUAAAAAAGUUCUUGAAAUUGGUAUGUUUACCGGAUAUGCUGCUUUGGCAUGCGCAGAAGUACUUCCGGAGGACGGCACCGUAACAACAUUAGAAUUUGAUCCCUUUUUAGAGGAUGUGGCAAAAGAAUUCUUUUCAAAAUCCCCACAUGUAAAGAAAAUCAAUAUAAGAAUUGGUGAUGCCAAGGACACUUUGCUAAAGCUUGCUGAAGAACAGGCUCAAUACGAUAUUGUCUUUAUAGACGCUAAUAAAGCCGGCUACGUUGAUUAUUUCAAGACUGUGAUGCGCAAAGAUCUUCUUGCUAAAGGGGGAACGAUAGUGUUUGACAAUUCCCUCAUGGCUGGCCAUGCUUAUAACCCUGAAUCAACCAAUAAAAUCGGACUUGAAAUAAGAAAGUGCAAUGAAUAUUUGAAAUCCAGGGACGAUAUAUUCCGAGUACUUGUGCCAAUCAGAGAUGGUGUUAUGAUCGUGAGACGAAAAACAGAUGUGUUUUUGUAACGCUCGUUCAGUUAUAAGAAACAAGAGAAUACCGUUGUCACAUAAAAUGACAACCGUAUACUAGUAAACUAGUUGUAUAAAACGUUGCCCAAUAAAUAUUUACAUAAUUACAAA